AUGAUGCCAAGUCUUGAUGAAGAAGGAGAAAAAUAUGAUACUUGCUUUGACUAUAUGGUUGGAUCUUGUGGGGAUCUUUUCUUGGUGAGGCCGAAAACAUUAGGGGAAUUAACCGACAGAAUCAAAUCUAUAUAUGUCUACAAGCUUGAGAAGAAGUUUGACAAGACAAAUCUAUUAUGGACUGAGGUGGAACAUAUCGAUGAUCGUGUAUUCUUUGUCAAUGAUCAUACCUCAAUUUCAUGCUCCCCCGCAGUGUCAACUCUGAAGGGAAAUUGCAUUUAUUUCACCUUUGAUCGCAAAGAUCCUAACUUGUAUACAUAUGACAUGGAAGAAGACCACAUUCACUCAUUCAAACCAUGUCCAAGUGCAGUCAACAAGCGGGGGUCAGCCUAUUUUGUUAUGUUUGGUUAUUUCCUCUCAAGUCCAAAACCUAGGAAGAAGGGGGAUUGUAAUUAG